CAUACACACUCGCAGAGUCGCAGAGAGAUACGAAAAUGGAGGAUUCGGGGGCGAUCCUCUGUCACAUCUCAACCUUGAAAGACAUGCUUGACCAGGUGAACGAAGAAAUCGAGGCGAAUAUUCAGAUCACGCGAGAGAUCGAAUCGGAGAUCGUCAAGUGCUCUGAAAUCGAAAACGCUCUGGCCGCCAAAGAAUCGGACCUCACCAAGACGCUAUACGUCUCGCACUUUGAGCUCACUGGAUUGCUCGCCGUCACCAAAGAUUUAAGGAACUCGGUAGAGAUUAUGGAGAAGGAAUUGUGUCGUCUAAGAAUGAAGCGCGAUGAGACUCUUAAUAGAAUCCACGACCAGCGGGAAAGGUUUAUUGCAAUGUGCUUAGAAUUCCAGAAGGACAUUGACAAGGCGAAUGAUAAUGAACUAUGCAUUCUUCUGUCAGAAAAAGAGUUCCUUGAAAAUGAAAUUCAUAUCUUGGAAGAGAAGAACAAUGCUUUAAAGAAUUCAAUGCUGGCAUUUGUUGAGGGAAUUCUUGAAGAUCUUAUUAGUAGCAACUCUGCUUUACAAGUUGAGAUACAGAGUGGGAGUCAGGAGAACGAUAAACUGCUGAAGGAUAUUCAUAAUAUGAAAUCUUCAUUGCUUUCAACUAUUGCAAUUGAGGAUAUCAGAGGUGCACGAUCGUGGACUGUACUGUAAGUUGAAGGUGUCCCUCUGUUUCUACCCAAAGAAAAGGUGUCACUCUGUCCUCCAAUUAAUUGCUAGGCCUCACUUGUACUUCUGAAAUCUUUCCUUCAUAAAUAGUUUCUAGCAUCAGGCUUUUGCAGUCAUGCAUGCUGCAUGCAGCAUUUGUUGUUUGAAUACAUUUGGCUUUGAUUCUUGUCAAGUGGAAGAAAGAUGGUCAAAAUUUUUGACU